AUGGCUAUGGCUUGUUCCACCGAAAGAAGGAGGCUAACUUAUUCAAGCACAACAUCAACAACAACAAAAUGGACUGAUGAGCUCCCACCCGAGCUGUUAGGGUUGAUCGUGAAAAAGCUCACUUCGAAUGUCGUCGACAUCAUUCGCUUUGAAGCCGUCUGUUCUUCUUGGAACCGCGCUGCAAGAUUGUAUACCUCUGCCCCGUAUUACACCCAGUUGCCUCAAUAUCCAUGGCUCAUGCUCCUCAUCCUCCGCAACCCCAUCCCCGACAAAUGGAGUUGGUGCCCCAAAUUCCCUCGUAUUGGUCAUGAGAGCAGGUGCUUCUUCAGCCUUGCAGAGAAUAAGGUUUACAAGAUGGACUGGAAAGCGUCUCAAGACUUUCAUGGCUAUGGCGAGUGUUUGGGUUCAUCACAUGGGUGGCUGGCGAUUCGGGAGUUUAAAACAAUGAUAUUAUCCCAAGAAAUCGUUCAUCUUUUCAAUCCAAUUUCUAGACAACGCUUGACGCUUCCAUUGAGGCCGGGAAAGGCUUCAACUGCUAAAGUUGUGCUUUCCUCGGACCCCUCUUGCAACAACAACUUUGUCGUUGUGGUAAUUUAUGAUAUCUCCUUGGGACCGCCAGGAAUAGCAUUCUAUCAGCACGGCAGAGGAGGAGGCAACGCUGCUGCAUGGACUGACUUAGAGGGUUCACAUCAUCACUAUUCUGAUAUUGUAUUCCACAACAAUGGCCAAUUAUUUGCACUGUCCACCAACCACUCAAUUCAAGUUUGGGACUUCGGGGACACAUAUAACAAUUAUCCCACGAAGAUCAUGGAUUUUUAA